AUGUCGAGCGGUUAUGUCAAGCGGACGACGCUCUUCAAGAUCCCGGAGAAGAAUAUUGAUUUGGUUUUGAAGCAGUAUGAGGUGCUGAGGAAGACGGCGGUGAAAGACGGCAAGCCUUACAUCGUCUCCAACGUUGCGCGACGCAUCACCAACACCAGCUCGCCGCUGAGUGAAGGCUUCACCAUCUCCUCGCAGUCCGUCUUUCGAAGCAAGGAAGAUCACGACUUCUACGACAAAGAAUGUCCGGCUCAUGCGGAGUUGAAAAAGGUGACCGGGAGCGUGAGGACGGGCAUCAUGACUGUUGUGACGGAGGGCGAAUGGCCGGAGCCGAAGCUUUAG